AUGUUUGUGAAUACAAUAACGUUAUUGAUUUCUUUCAUAUUUCUAUAUUCAUUAGGACAUGUAUACAUGACAAGAGUUACAUAUAUAAAUAAGGGGAAUGUGGAAGUAGUAAUUGGUUUAUUGAAUCAGUUUAUAUCAUAAAAUUAUUAUUCUCCUGAAGCAUUUACGAAGGAAGUAAAUAUCAUUUCAAUUUUAAGUUUAACACCAUUCUUGUUUAGCCUCAACAUGAUUAUUGCAUCAAAUCAGACACUUACAAGUACUACCAUCCAGAUGUGAUUAUGAAUGACACAUAUACCUUCAGAGAAUACAGAGGUGUUGUGAAAGAAGCAUUGUAAUAAUAUUUCUUUGAUGUUUUGCCUAACGUUAAUCUGCAUAGAAAUAAUAAAGACUGUAUGUUUCCUAAUUAUUGAAGAGCCUCAUUAAUUUAAACUACCUCUCAAACUUACAUUACCAUUUACUUAUUACGAUUAAUUGGUCCAUUAUUUUAAGAUUGGAUAAUGUAAUAAUCUAAUAAAUCAUAGAAUCUCUAUGCUUAUUCUAAAAGUAUAAUCAUAUGCCUUAAAGAGCAUCCUUGUCUCAUAAAAAUAGAUUGAUGACAAACUAAAUGAACUACCUGCGAAGUCUUCGUUAAAAUGGACUUGAUGCGGUUUGUAUAGUAUCUAUAUAAAUUUAAAUAAAAGGCUAAUGCAACUUUUUUGCCUAAAACCUAUAGAUUAUUCAACGAGAACGAGUGUUUGCAGUUUUUUACAUACAUAAACUCUGAAGUCUAUGAAGACAAAAUUAAGAAAGAUGGUCCUUAGUUUAUUAUUAAAAUGGGAAAGGAAGUACAUAGAGGUCGUGGGAUUAAUAUGUUAUUUCCUUAAGAAAAAGAAGAGUUGAAUAGGAAAUUCGAUAAAGGAGAAUUAUGUGGAUCAGUAAAAACAUUCAAAGUGGCUCAAUAAUAUAUUGUCAAUCCUCUGCUGUAUAAGGGACAUAAGAUUGAAUUUAGAGUGUAUUGGAUCUUGGCAUCCACAAAUCCAAUUAUCGCAUAUGCUUAUGAUAAAACUCUGAUUCGUAGAUGUAUAUAUCCUUUUGAUAAAUUUUCUCUAUUAAAGGGAGCUCAUGUGUGUAAUACAGCCAUAGUGAAAAGCACUUUAAAGAAAAUGUAGAAUGAGGAUGAUGAUAAUGAUAGUGAUGAGACUGAUGAUGAUGAUGAUAAUAACGAUGAGAUAAGCAGUUAGGAAGACACUUUAUUUAUAGAUUGGAAGUUGGAUCACUUAUAGGAAAUCUUAUUGAAAGAAGGAAGAAUUCAGAACAAUCAGUGGUUGUAAAAUGAGUUAUUGCCUAAGGUUGAUAGGAUGAUCAUCCAUGCAAUCCGAAGUACUUAGCACACAUUUGCAAAAGACAGUAAAUUAGGUGAAUUUUUUGCAGCAGAUUUCUUAUUAACUGAUGAUUUGGAUCUGCAUAUCAUGGAGAUCAAUUAUAACCCUUAGACCCUUAAUACAACUGAAGCAAGGAAACAGCAGCAUUUUAAGAUGGUCCAGGACAUGAUUGAGAUUUCAAAUGCAUAUCUGAGAAGUAGAUUCACAAGGUUUCAAAGAAUAAUUGGGAAAUUACUAUCGGAGUUGGAAUCAAAGAAGUAGAAAGGGAAGGACUUGAUAACAAAUCAUAUUGGUUAGGAAAUUCAUAAAGCAUAUGUGGAUAGAUUGGAGUAAGGAAUCAGUAUUAGUCAGGGUAACUUGUUUCGGUUAUUGAUGGAUGAGAAUUUGUAGGGGACUAGAGCUUAUAAGGAUCUGAUAUAGGAAAAGUGUUUAAUAUGA